UAUAUAUAUAUAUGGUGCAAGUGUAAGAGCAAGAGCAAGAAGCAGGUACCAUUUCAGUUUGUUGAUCUUGAUGGAUUGUAGUAAUUGCAAGAUGAAUGUAAAAAGAUGCAAGCCCAGCUUGGUUAAGCCUUGUGAAAAAACUCCUUCAACCAUUCUUCAUUUAUCCCCAAUUGAUAGCCUCCCUGUAUUGAGAUGCAAUGCUCGUACUCUCCAUGUGUUUAGAGAUUCCCCUUCUGAAGCUUCCCCUGCCGCCAUUAUUAGAGAAGCAUUAUCAAAAGCUUUGGUUCCUUACUACCCUCUUGCUGGACGCCUUAAACCACAAACUUACCCUCUUCAACUUGACUGCUCUAACCAAGAACAAGGAAUUUUGUUCGUGGAAGCUUCUUCAGACUCGACCCUUGAUUCCCUUAUGUACUUGGAUGAUCUUAGUUCGAUUCCCUUUCAUCUUCUUCUUCCUGAGGAACAUGAAUCUGAAUCUGAAUCAGAAUCAGAAGCAGAAGCACUUGUGAAGAUGCAGAUCACGGAGUUUGCUUGUGGAGGGUUUGUGAUUGGUUUGAUUUUCUGCCAUAGUAUCUGUGAUGGCCUUGGAGCUGCCCAAUUCUUGAAGGCUGUGGGGGAAUUCGCUAGAGGAAUUGACCUAGCUCCCACCAUUAAACCUACAUGGGAUAGAGAUUUCUUUCCUAAUCCUCCUCAGAAUGCCCCAAUUAAUCUUCAAAUUGCAAUUCCAAUCCCUCCCCCACCCCUGCCCAAAUACAGCCUACAACACACCAACAUCGAUAUUCCCAUAGAUCGAAUCAAUGCACUAAAGAAACAAUUUCAAGAAUCAACAGGAAUUACCUGCUCCACCUUUGAAAUUGUGGCAGCGUGUUUUUGGAGGAGUAGAACACGGGCGGUUUACGAGGCUUCGGGUGACAACAAUCAAGAAAUAAAGCUAGUUUUCUUCGCGAACUGCCGGGAAAUGGUGGAGCCGCCGCUGCCAAAAGGGUUUUAUGGCAACUGCUUCUUUCCGGUGAGAAUCAGCAGUUGGAGUAAGGGAAUUGGGGAGAUGCCCAUUAACGAAGUGGUGAAGCUGAUACAAGAAGCGAAGAGCAGAGUGGGAAGGGAAUUUGGAGAGUACAUAUCACAGAAGACGAGGGAAUCGGACCCGUUUGCUCCGCCGCUUGAGUACUCUACGCUGUUCAUAUCGGAAUGGGGAAGGCUUGGAUUCAACGAGGUGGAUUAUGGGUUUGGACCACCGGUGCAUGUGGUUCCGAUCCAAGGCUCGCCAGUAAUACCCGUCGGAAUCGUGGGCUCGCUUCCGUUGCCAGGAAAGGGCAUUCGUCUCAUGACAUGGUGCGUUCAAGAGCCCCAUCGCCUCUCCUUUCUUCACCAAAUCUCUCAACUCCUUUUCCUUUGAUCAAAUUUUUUCUUUUCCACUUCUAUUAUCCAAAUAACUAAUCCUCUAAUCAGAAAGUUGAAAAUUACUUCUUAUUGUUUAAUAAAAUUUGUUCCUCAAAAUUUUAUCUUA